CUGUCGACCGUCGAGCUCGCAUUUGCCUUUAUCAGCAGCCCGAAAACACACAAAGAGACCAGACGGAAAAGCGUUGGACGACACGUCGUUAAAUAUGGGCCCACCGGGAGACAGAACACGCCACACGUCGACUGAAAGAACGGAGGAUUUCAGCUGGAUUGUCGAUUUAUCUUGACAUGGCAUGCAGCAGGGCGAGCCGGAGGCUGUGACGACUGAAGAAAAGAAGAGAAAGAAAACAAGCGCAGCAAACACCUCGAAACUUCAGGCGUGGAAAAGGGAGACAGAUUUUGUUUAGCCAAGGUUUAUUUCGCCACUCAGCGCGUGUCGUUGGCUGGCUACUGAUUCCCUGGCCCGAUAAUUGUCGAUUAAGUUGUUGACAAGACGCGACUGAAGUGAAUUGCACCUAGGUAAAAUGCUGAGCACAAGCAGAGCCAGUUAGUCAGUGAAGCCUGCGGGUCGCUUGACUCUUUGAGCUCUGGCAGCCACAUUGAACCCAGAGAGAAAAUGUAAACGUGUGGAAAGAUGACUGUACGUUAGCUAGCAGACCACACACAGGCCCCAAUUAAGCCAAUCAGUCGGAAGAUAAGAUGUAGCUAUAUCGUCGGUUCACUACUAGUUAGUGUCGGAAGUGAAUGCAUAGAUUAGCCUGCUAGCUCUCCUUAGCUAGUGUGCUAAAAAUACGCCCACAACAUGACUAGCAUCAGUGGCAGCACCGCAGGCCUUGGGCCAAACGAGAGGCAGUAAUAGUCGAGGAAAUGUCAAGUUACUUUCGCAGUAGUCUUCGAUGUUACCCGGUGCCAACAUCUCCUGGCAUCUGUAUUUACCUGCCAUGUUCGUCUGUGUCCCCAGUCCGUCUAUAACACGCACAUAACGCAGUCUCUCCAGGGAAAACAAACACAAAACGACAGCCAUGGAUGAGGGACUUUGAAAUGACCCAAAUAAUAGGCUAUUUGACAGCUUGCUGUAGUCCCACAAUCUCUCUAGCAAAAACGAUUUACCGGUAUGGGUUUGUGUAGUGGCAGCCUUUUCUGUUGAUUUCAGUUACAUUUACAGAGUAAAAGUUGAUUUAAAAAAAAAAAAAUAUUUGAGUUGCUGUUUCAUUUAAAUCUCUGUUGUAAUCCCUCGUCGAUGGCAGGUUGAAACAAGAGCUCAUUUAGCUUGUAAGUCAUGUCUUAAACAUGGAUUUGUGAUCAAGUAUAAGGAGAUGUAGUCUUAGCUUGUUGACCAUUCCCCUCCUCAACACUACCCUUUUACCAAAAAACAAAAAGAAUAAUUGAAAUGACUUAGUUUUGUUUCUGAUUUGUUGACCUUUUCAGUUCAUAGUUAGCGUUUCGACGAUCUAGCCUAGAGUUUUGAUGCGUUGUUUCUGCGAAGGGUAGCUAGCACCAUCCCUUACCCAAGGUAUAAAUACAAAAGUAGAGAGAGUAGCCAAAAUAUACAGCACAAGAGGAGAAGACGUUGCCAUCAAAACCUAACCAUGGGGGACCCAACUUCACGAAGAAAUCAAACAAGAAAUCGACUUCGAGCUCAACUUCGGAAGAAAAGGGAAUCUUUGGCUGAUCAGUUUGACUUCAAGAUUUAUAUAGCCUUCGUUUUCAAAGAAAAGAAGAAGAAGUCUGCACUUUUUGAGGUAGCUGAAGUGGUGCCAGUGAUGACCAACAACUAUGAAGAAAACAUCCUACGAGGUGUGCGCGAUUCCAGCUACUCUCUUGAGAGUUCGAUCGAACUCCUGCAAAAAGACGUCGUGCAACUACACGCCCCACGAUACCAGUCUAUGCGAAGGGACGUGAUAGGCUGCACACAGGAAAUGGAUUUUAUCCUUUGGCCACGCAACGAUAUUGAGAAGAUUGUCUGUCUGCUGUUCUCCAGAUGGAAGGGGGCCGAUGAUGAACCCUUUAGGCCUGUUCAGGCCAAGUUUGAAUUUCAUCAUGGAGACUACGAGAAGCAGUGCUUGCAUGCUUUGGGUCGCAAAGACAAGGCUGGAAUGGUCAUGAACAACCCAACUCAGUCUGUAUUUCUCUUCAUGGAUAGACAACACUUACAGACUCCUAAAACGAAGGCCACAGUUUUCAAGUUGUGCAGCCUCUGCCUGUACUUGCCCCAGGACCAGCUGACCUGCUGGGGUGUGGGAGACAUCGAGGAUCACCUUCGCCCAUACAUGCCUGAUUAAGGCUUCUUGCUCCACCCAGCCACACAGGGAAAAAGCCUUUCCCCGUCCUCCUGCCUAAGCCUUCAGAAGCAAAUUGAUGUACUCAUCUUCACCCUUUUCCCUUUUAAAGUUUUGAACUUAUGCUUGGAUCUCCUUUUUGUUCCCUCCACGUUCUCCUCCCCGACAUGACGCAGAUUCAAUUCCCAUCUUUGUUUUUUUGUUUUUUUUUUGUUUGUUUUUUCUCCCCCCUCCCUCUCUCAGUGUCAACCCCUCUUCUCUUUGCCAUUUUUGGAUUGGUUCCCUUUUUUUUUUCUCCUUUUUUUUUUUUUUUUAGUUUACUUCCUCUCCAUUCCCUCCUCCUCACUCACCCAUUUUCGUUCAUUUGAACCUGCACGAACAUUGAUUUUGAGUGGUUGGUUGUUCUCUUGGAGCCGCACUGUCAGCAGCACCGGUCAUUGAAGGAACUCUUUAUGUUGCAUCAAAACAAGAACAAACAAUACACAGGUCUUCACGGUGGUUCUCAGAUGGACGUGUUUUAUACCCUUGUUGUCAUAAGAAAGGAUUGUUAAAGCUUGUUUGUAAUGUCAAUGGGGUUUCUAGAACAACUUUACACAAUCUUUUGACCAAGGACAGAUGUGAACAGGUGUUUAUACACCUGUGUAGGCAAGGAUAACAAGAUGAACAGUAUUUGUCAAAUCAUAUGGUGUAGGUAUUGCUUCUUAUAAACCGCCUUAGUUAUUUUGCUGGAUGUUUAAAGAUGUUUUGGUGUCAUUUGCUUUCUUCUGAAACAUGCUAGGCAGGCCUUUGCUAAAAACCUUGAGUGACUUGAAGGCAUUGUACACAAAGUUGAGACAUGUUGAGUAGAUGUUGGAGGUCAUUUUCACCGUUCAAGCCGUUCAUGCACUAUUCAUUUAAGCUACUGAAAUCUGAUGUUUUAUGUUUUGUUUUCUUUGGGAUGUGGGUUGGUGAGAAUCUGAAACGGUGAGAUUUAAUGAUUAACAUGCCUAACAAAAUACGCUGAGAGCUAACUGAUUUGUUUAAUUUGACCUACUAAAAUGAAGAUAAUUUGCUGCCAUACUCAUCAAAUUAAAAUUGGGUUUUGCAGGCUUGCUUGACAAAAAAACAAAAAAAAAAAAACAAAAAAAAAAAAAAACAAAGCACAUAGCACAUGUAAUUUUGCUCCUUGUUGAUUCAGUGUGUUCAGUUGAAAGGGUUUAAGGGUUAUUUUUUCUGUUGGUUCUCAAAUCAAUACUGCUGAGCAUAUCCCAAUACAGUGCAAAUUCUGAAAGCAGAA